AUGGCUCCGGUUCCUCGUGACUUUAUAGCAUGGAAAGCCCAGGUCACCCAGCAGGGCGUCGGCAACAAGACACUCGGCGAAAUUAAGUCUACAUCGGGCUCCAAGAUACCCCACAGCGCGUUUCUCCAACUGCGUGCUGUUUGGCUGCCCGACAAGCUCGCCUCGGAAGCGACUGGGAACCUCCAUAGGACCGGCCUCAUUGGAGACUUCAAGGAAUUGAUCAAUACAGUUGUAACACACGGGUUCAGUGAAGCGGACACGUUUCAUAACUUUCUCAACGACAUCUGUGGCUCAGGCAACACGACCCCAGCGCCGCAAUCCGAUGAAUCCCUAGUUAAUGCCCCUGCCAUCGAGCCGAAGUUCAGUAGCUUUGUCGUCCCCUUGGGUCAGUGGAAGCUGCUUAAGCCUGCUGCGCAGGAACAGGUGGUGGCAAGCACGCCGCCUCUUAAUGCCAUCAAGAACACAAGCGCCCUGCCGCUCGACUAUGAUAAACCUCCACUCCCGCCUUCAUUCUCCAGAGAACUGGAUACGAACGUUGCAGACAUCACCAGCUUACUCAUGUCACAGCAAAUCGAAACGCCCUCAAAGGUCCGCGUCAACAAGAGCUACGCUACGCCGCUUGAAGAAUCAGAAGCAGACGGUGCGAGCGCCUCCCCGACCCGUUCGCCUCCUGAAUCCCCGGCCUUUUCUUCUGGCGGGGAGAGUGAGGCCGAGGCCAUUGCGCAGGUGGGGGGUCGUUUUCGGAAACUCCGCACAAAGUACGAAGUACAAACGUCCAACUUCUUCUCCAGCUUCUUCUACGCCUUCUUUCCACACUAUCUUACCUUCGUGUGGACCCGGUACCUGGAAGUCGUUACCGAGGAAGCCAGUUAUCGUUUCGGCGCCAAACACCCGGUUGCCUCUGGCACCGCUCCAUCUCCUCCACCCAUCUUUAUCGCCCGCACCGACGGGGCCUUCUACGAAAUCGGCGAGGACGGUUCUCGGAAGAAAAGGGGCUUCCUGCCUUUUGAGUUAAAGCCAUAUUGUCGGAAUGAAAAGCUUGACGCCACAUGCCGAGAGGAGACGGCUGAGAUGGCUGCCAUCAUCUACGAGGAGUUUGUAAGGGACAACCAGCACCCACCUUCUGACGAGCAAGAAGCCCUCGAUCAAACCCAUCAUCGGUUUAUGCUUUCGCUGAACCGGGAUGAAUUCUACAUCACGGUCGCAACCUUUACUGGCCAUUACAUAUCGUACAUCAGCAGCACUGCAACGCCGUCAAAUCCAUCGAAUCUUGAAGCAAAGCAUCUCAUCUCCUUCCAGCCUCAUGGGCCAUUCAGUCUGCUGGUCAGGGAACAUAUGAUAAUUUUUAGGGAGAUUAUGCUUUCUAUGGCUAUGAAGAAGAUCAAUCAUCGAGGCUCAAAGGGUCAAAUAGUGCUUAAUGCUUUACAAAGUCGCCGUUGA